CGGGCGAGGUGUCGAGCGAUUCGUGCCCGCCGAGGCGUUCACUACCUGAACCACCAAGCCUAGGGGCGCGUGUCGAGCCGCCGCGCGGCGAGGCGUCCGGAUUGAGAAGGCUAGCGGCCUGUAAGACACUAGCAGGCUCUGCAUUUUAGCUCCGAGCUACUUUUUAGAGGCUCCGAUCACGCUUGCCAUCACCAAGUCACUUUUUACAUUUACCAUUCAUCGAAGCACAUGGCUGAGUACGGCUCGAUCGAGGCGCCUGAGCCACAGGAGAGUUUCCUAAGCUCGGAGCCGACACCGGUUCCUGCCCCGCGGCGCAAGUUACGGUACGCCGGCGGCGUGUUUGCGGCCUCCUUGCUCAUCCUAGGGACCUGCGGACUGGCCUCCACCAUCGGCGCUUUCUCAGUUGGCACCGCCGCCGCCGACGAGUCCUGGCUCGCCUCGGUCCAUACCAUAGAGUCUGACUCGGACUCGGAGGACUCGGACAAAACGUGGAUCCCGAUCCCGUACGAAGGAACGUACCACAGCGGCUACGAGAAGGGCUCCUACUGCAAGCUCACGGGCUGCACCGGCGGGAACAUGUGUGCGCAGGGGGGAUCGCUCUGGCACAAAUUUGGUUCCGACAACAUCGACGUCCGGGACGAUAACUACGAGACGUGCCAGCCGGAAAACCACGACUUCGAGGGCGCCACCUGCACCAAGGGCGUCAACCUGCCGGCGCACACUCAGGCGCCGCGGGCGCGAGCUGCCCCUUAUCACCUCGCGGGCGUCCGGCGCCCCAGUUUUAUGGGGGGCUGCAGCUGCGAGGCAAAUGAAGGCCAACGCGCGCAUUCUUUAUGCUGCCCCGGUACGCGGGGCCGAGCGCACCUUGCAAGCAAAUCAUGA